AAUCUGCAGUCAAAGAGGUGAUAGGGAUAGCAAAGUCGGAAUCUCUUCUCUUCUGUUGUCCCGGGCCAUGAGUUCGAUAAAAAAUGAUAUGCUGUCAAGUAUUUAAAUUUGAUUAUGCAACUAAGUUUAUUCACCAACCAAAACAGAGGUGUUCACAGAAGUAAUAAAAAAAGAGCAUUGCAUAAAGCUCACACAUGUGAACCUCUGCACAAUUUUUUGUUCAUCUACUCCUUGUCUCUAAUGAGUGUCCACACUGUUCUAUUCCUCUUACUGCUACUUCUCCAUCAGGCUACAUCUUUACACCAAGAAGCUAAUGAGAAGAAGGUUUAUGAACAAAGGAAGCUGUAUCGAAGCUGCAAUCUUUUUGAAGGAAGCUGGAUAUAUGAUGAUUCAUAUCCGCUGUAUGAUGGCUCGAUAUGCCCUUUUAUAAAUGCUGGUUUAAAUUGCCAGAAAAAUGGGAGGCCUGAUAAGCUGUAUCUCAAAUAUAGAUGGAACCCAGUUGGGUGCAGCUUAGCUAGGUUCGAUGGUGAGGCUUUUCUGGAGAGGUUUCGAGGGAAGAAGAUCAUGUUUGUGGGUGAUUCUUUGAGCUCUAACCAAUGGCAGUCUCUAACAUGCAUGGUGCAGAAUGCAGUUCCUUCGUCUAACUACACUUUGGUUCAGAGAAAGUCUUUUUACUCCCUGACAUUUCCGGAAUUUGGAGUCUCAAUAGUGUACAUGAAAGAUGGGUUUCUGGUAGACUUAGAGUUCAGAGAUAUAGGCAAAGUUCUAAGGCUAGAUUCCAUCAGUAUCAACAGAAGCAAGCAAUGGAAAGAUACCGACAUCUUGAUCUUCAACAGCUACCACUGGUGGACUCAUACGGGUCGCCUACAGACAUGGGACUACUUUCAAGUUGGUGACAAGGUAAUCAAAGAGAUGGAUCAUAUGGAAGCUUACAAGAUAGCCUUGUCAACUUGGGCCAAUUGGGUUGAUUCGAGCAUCAAUCCUACCAAAACUCAAGUUUUCUUCCAGGGAAUCACGGCAGUACAUUACAAAGGCAGGGACUGGAAUGAACCUAUGGCGAAUAGCUGCGACGGGCAGACCCAGCCUAUACCAGGAUCAGAUUAUCCGGGAAAUAGAUAUCCAGGAGAACCAAUUGUAAAGAGCACUUUGGCUAGAAUGGCAAAGCCUGUUAUUUUGUUGGACAUCGCAUUGCUAACCCAGUUAAGAAAAGACGGACAUCCUUCCCGGUAUGCUGAUGGUGGCAUAGACUGCAGCCACUGGUGUGUGGCUGGUGUCCCUGAUGCAUGGAAUGAGAUCUUAUACACAAUUUUGGUGGAUAUGUAAUCUUGUUAUUAUCCGAUCUUUGUAACUUAUGUGGGCAUGUAUUUUCUUUAUCAUACUUGAUCAAUUAGCCAACCAAA